UGUGGCAGUUUAGAGCCACGUGACGCAGAUGAGGUGGAUCUCUACGUUCCCUCCAACAGCAACGGAGAACGGACGGUCCGAUCUCUAUCCGCUCCUGGAAUCAUCAGAUGAACGCUGCAAGAUCGACGGAGGCGUGACGACGUCAUUAGGCGGACGGGGUUCUCUCGGCCUUAUCAUAGGAUUUCCUCCUCGCGACGACUCAUCCUGGCACGAGGACAGAGCAGAGGACGCGGUAGUUGGAGAAGAAGUGAAGAAGAUGGCUGGUUUCCCGUCGGUGAAGGCCGCUCCGUUCACGUACGCAUCGCACGCGCUGGCACUGGCCUCGGCGGCGAUGGUGCUCGUCUGGUGCGUCCACUUCCGUGGCGGCCUCGCCUUCGAGUCCUCCAACAAAUCCCUCAUCUUCAACAUUCAUCCAGUUCUUAUGCUGAUUGGUUUUAUCAUCAUCGGGAGUGAAGCUAUAAUGAGCUAUAAAACUCUGCCAUGGAAUCACGAAGUGAAUAAAAUUGUCCAUUUCACUCUUCAUGCAAUUGCUCUUGUACUUGGUGCUGUGGGUAUUUAUGCUGCCUUCAAGUUCCACAAUGAAAGCGGAAUAGAUAAUCUGUACAGCUUGCAUUCUUGGGUUGGGCUUGGGACAAUCAGUCUAUAUGGUAUUCAGUGGAUUCUCGGGUUUGUAACCUUCUUCUUUCCUGGUGCUCCACCCGCACUGAGAGGCAAAUCUCUUCCUUGGCAUGUAUUAUUUGGGCUGUUCGUCUACAUUUUAGCUGUGGCCACUGCAGAGCUAGGCUUCCUGGAGAAACUCACUUUUCUGGAGAGUUCAGGCCUCUACAAGUAUAGUUCAGAGGCCUUCUUGGUAAAUUUCACUGCUCUUAUUUUGAUUUUUCUUGGAGCCUCAGUUGUGAUAUCUGUUAUUGCUCCUGCUCGUGCUGAUGCACCACGUGGUUACUCUGAAAUAUCAGAGAAUUAGCAACAUAUAUAUAUAUAUAUAUAUAUAUAUAUAUAUAUAUAUAUAUAGUUGCAUAUCACUGUUCCAAACUUCUAAUAAUUAUCAUAUUUGACUGCCUUAUUUCCUUGCAAUA